AUAAAUGAUCAGAUUUGUCGAAGAUGUCGAAGAAAUUAGUUCUCUUGACGAUUUUUUAUUUCGGAAGCUAUGGUAUUUGUUUACCACAAAAUUGUCCGUGUAGUAAAAGUCAAUAUAGUUAUUCGGGUCCACCUCAGUUGGUGUUAGCGCGACCAUGGUCAGGAUACAAUGCGGAUUCGCCGACAUAUUUACCAUUUCCGCUGGUAAUUUCCCGUGGUACCAGAGCGAUAAAAUCUGCCUUAGAAUCUCCUGAAGAAGCUGACAAGAAAUUAAAAACAGACCUUGUAGAUUUGGAAGAAGACAAAAAUCCAAAGGCUCAAAAUAAUAUUAAGCCGAAGGUUGCGACGCCACUUAGGCGGCGAAUUAAGAUAACAAACAUAGAUGACUGGAGUUCUAAUUCUGAAGAAAAAGUAGCGAUGAAGAACAAGGCAGAAACAGAAGAGAGUUUGAGUGAAGAAAUAGAAGAAGAAGAAGAAGAAGAAGAUGAAGAAAGUUCAGAUGACCAAAGAGAUAUUGAUACACUGAAUCUUCUUGGACAGUUAUUCCAAGUGCUGGCUUUGCAGUACCAAAAAGUUUUCGGCGAUAAAAAUAAUCUGAGUGCAACGAAUUCUUCUUCUGUUAAGUCUGAUGUUGAUGACGAGGAGCAAGAAGAUUAUGGGGAUUAUUCUUAUGAUUCAGUGCCUACGCAGAUUGAGAGCCCGGAAACGGAGCAAAAGAUUGCGAAGAAAGAAAAAAGAAAAGCUGAGGUACAGAUAGAAGAAAAGGAAAAGGUGCCGAAAAAGGUGCAGAGAAUAAAUUAUAAUAACACAACUACGGCAAAGCCUUCGGAUUGAUUAGUGUGUAUUUAAAAAGUAAAUAUUUAUAUUUGUAAUUUGUAAAUUAGAAUGUAACUAGCAGAUAAAAUAUUGAUUACGUAGGUUUUUUUUUUUAAUGAAAGUGAUAUAAAUUGUUUGAAUUGCAUGGAUUGCAAAAUAAAUGAACAAAAUAUAUUUUUUGAGUUAUUAGA